AUGCCGUUUUCGCCGCCGGCUCUGCUGCUGCUGCUGCUGCUGCUGCUGCUGCUGCUGCUGCUGCUGCUGCUGCUGCUGCUGCUGCUGCAGGCGAGCGGGAGCGCGGACGGAGUGGUGCGUUUGUUUGACUUGAAUUCUGCGGGGAGUUUGCGGACUUUGGAUUAUUACAAGUCGGUAAGUGUGCAGCAGCAGCAGCGGAUUUGCUGCUUGGCGUACGGCAGCAGCAGCAGCAGCAGGGGGCUGCUGGGGGUCAGCAGCGGCAGCAGCUGCUGCUACCUGCUGAGCAGCGAGGGUUUGCUGCUGCAGCAAACCACGCGGGGCGACCAGUACAUCAGGGACUGCAGCAGCACGAAGGGCCACACGCAUGCAGUCCGGGAUAUUUGCUUCCAUGCUGCUGCAGCAAACUGCUUCCUGACAGCAGCAGCAGAUGGGACUUGCAGGUUGUGGGACUUGUGGGGUCCUUGCUGCGGCAUGGACCAGUCCUUGGCAGCAGUUUGCUGCUUGAAGGCCCUCGACAGCAGGGGCUGCUGCAGCAACAACUGCACUUGCUGCUGCUGCUUGUACGCGCCAGCAGCAGCAGCAGCAAACGCCGUCGUCGCCGGCUGCAGCGACGGCUCGCUGCAGCUGUGGGGCGCAGCAGCAGCAGCAGCAGCAGCGCGCAGCAGCAAACCCGACCUCAUCCUGCGCCUCGCGCACCCCCCCGCCCACCUGCUGCAGCAGCAGCAGCAGCAGCAGCAGCAGCAGCAGCAGCGGCGGGGCCGCUUCAUGGGCAUGGCCGCGGCGCCCCGAGACACCGAGUGUGGGGUUGCUGCCAUGGCCUUUGCUGCUGACGGCAGGUGUCUGUACACCCGAGGACUUGACGGAUCUCUUUGUCUUUUUGAUCUUCGAAAGUUUUCAAAAGAAGUUUUUCGAAUUCCAAACUUGCCAACAGCUUUUCCGCAGCAAGGAGUUGCUGUUUCUCCCUGCGGCCGCUUCGUCUGCACGGCCACGCAGCAGCAGCAGCAGCAGCAGCAGCAGCAGCAGCAGCAGCAGCAGCAGCAGCAGCAGCAGCGGGGGCGGCGGCGGGGGUUUUGCGGGGAGCUGCGGGGGUACUGCAGCAAAACGGGGAAAGCAGCUUUUGCUGUUGAGUUUGCUGCUGCAGCACCAACAGCAAUUCAGUGGCAUGCAGACACGGGAGAUUUGGUUUGCUGCUGCUCGGACGGGCUGCUGCGCGUGUGCUUCUCGCGCGCUGCUGCUGCUGCUGCUGCUGCUGCUGCUGCUCCCGCUGCAGCAGCAGCAGCAGCAGCAGGAGCAGCAGCGCGGGGGAAGGGCUUCGCGCGGCUGGCGGCGGGGCCCGCAGCAGCAGCAGCAGCAGCAGCAAAGGCGUCGCGGCGGCAGCAGGAACGGGAAGAACACGAGCAGCAGCAGCUGCUGCUGCAGCAGCAGCAGCAAAACAUUUUCGCGGGCGACGCGCUGCCGCAGGGCUUCGUGGAAGCAGCAGAUGGCCGACUUGUCCGAAAAAGAAUUAAAUUAAAAGAAAAAGAAAAACUUUUUGAAGAAACUCAAAAAACAAAACUGCCGCCGCUUCCCGAGCAGCGGGGCAGCAGCAGCAGCAGCAGCCGCAGCCUGCAGCUGCUGCAGCAGCUGCGCCUGGUGCCCACGCCGCAGCAGCAGCAGCAGCAGCAGCAGCAGCAGCAGCAGCAGCUCCCCGGGGCCACCGACGCGCAGGCCUUCCUCAAGGGAGUCGACAGCAGCAGCAAACUAACUUGGACUUCUACUUUUAUUUCCAGAGCUUAUGCAAAGACAGCCCCACAGCCCAUUCUUGCUGCUGCUGAAGAGCCAGACGCAGCAGCAAAAGUCCUCAGCAGCAGCAAAAGGUGCACUCGCUGCGGCCUCCGCUGCUGCCAGUGCGAGGGCAACAGCAACAAGCUCCUCAGACUCAGGGAGUGA